AUGAAGUCCAUUUGGAAGAUUCCUUUUUACCUUUCCCUUUGGAACAUUAUAAUUUACUUAAAUUGUGCGAAGGUGACCAACUCAACUGAUCUAAAAACGAAUUUAAGAAAUGGGUUUGGACAAACUGGAAAUUUGGCAGAUCAUGGGGAGGUCGAGGGACAUUCAAAUUUGAAGAAACUGCACGGGGAGGGGUUUUCUGUGCAGGGGAAUGACAUUCGGGGAAUGGAUUCCUCCGAUACUCAUUCCACGGAACAUGCAACAGUUUCAUUGCCUAAGGCGGAUAUAGACGUAUCAGGUCCAAAGGUGGAUAUAGACGUUCCUGAUGUUAAUAUAGAAGGCCCGGAUGCUAAAUUAAAAGGUCCUAAGAUGAAGGGGGAUGUGGAUGUAUCGUUGCCUAAAGUGGAAGGUGAUCUAAAGGGUCCGGAAGUGGAUAUAAAAGGUCCCAAGGUGGAUAUAGAUGCCCCCGAUGCUGAUGCGAAGAAUUCUCAAGUUAGCACAGAUUCAAAUACUUCAGGAGAACUGAAUCCUGGUCCUGAAGCAGCAGGAACAGUAGGGGGAACAACGGGUUCACAAGGUGCAACACAUUCAGGUAAUAUCCCCUCGGCUUUACCAGGUAACAUUGUAGCUGCAGAUGAAGGGGUACUGGGUGGUUUAGUAUCAGGAGCUGGUGGGGUUGUACCUGGUGUUCCAGGCGAAAAUGGUGUACCAGGUGUUGGUACUCCAGCGGCUGCUGCUGCGGCUGCUGCUGCUGCAGCUGUGGCAGCAAGAGGACUUGGAAGAAGUGAAGUCCACUUAGAACUGGAAACUUCCCAAAGUACACAUUAUGGAAGUGGAUCAGAUGGUACACUAAGCACGCCAUGUAAAGAAAAUGCCUUAUGUAAACAUCUAGAAUGUAUAUUGAAGGAAGACGGAAUGAAGAGCAAAUAUUUGGACUCAACCGGAACUCUUAACUGGAGUACUAUUGAGAAUGAUGUUCAGACUGAGUUGGGAGAACUUCUUGAGAGUAUAUCUAACACAAAUGAACAGGCUGAAAAGUUCUGUGAGCAAACUGAUGAGGAAAAUCGUAGACUGAACACAAAAGCGAAGGAAGCAUGCAAGCACAUUGCUCGAGGAUUGAGCCAUCUAUAUAGUAUUCCUGAGAACCAGAAUGGCAAGGCUACCAAACUAUUUAAACAAAAAAUGCAAUGCUUUCUCCUAAAUGCAUACACAAAUGAACUGUUCUCAAGGGCGCAGGAAAGGAAGAAUCCCCAAUGCGACAUAAUUGCGGGAAUAGAAUAUGCUUUUAGUAAAAGUAAAGACAUCAUGGAAAAUGCACAACCUCAAUGCAAAGAUGUUAGUGGUAAUAGCUGUUUUGAAUGCAAGGAGGAAAGCUAUGAUAAUUGCCACAUUGGCAAAGACAAAAUAGAGGAAGAAGUGGAUAAAUUGUUCAAAGGGAAGGAAAACGAAAUAAAACAAACUGUAGAGGCCAUAUGUCAAGAACAAAAACCCCAAUCACCUCUAGCACACGGAGCACAUCCUUCAGCAGCAGCUAUUCCAGGUGGUGUUCCCGAUGCCACUGGUCUUGUUACCCCUGUUCCUGCUGGGCAACCUUCAGUUGUUCCACCUUCCACUAGUGAACAUACUUCUAAUGAAAAUGCAGCAAAGCUUAACAUCUUAGAGGAAGUAAAUAUCACUGAGGAAACUAAGGAUAUCAAUCCGAAGGAGGAAGAAGAGUUGGUAGAAGAGGAAGUACAGGAAGAUCUGGAGAAGGAGGAAGAAGAGGAAAGUGAAACGGAAGAAGGGGGAGAAACCGAUAGCGCAAACUAUGACGAUGUGGACGUGGAGGUUGACGAUGACGAUGAGGAAGAACAGGAUGAAAUUGAAGACCAAGAAAUUUUGCAACCGAUAACAGAAACGCAGAAUUCCCAAGAAAAUCCAACGGAGCAAAACAACCCCGCUGAUGUAGGACAUAAAUCUCUAAUCACAGAAGCUAUGGUCCAUAGUGCUUUUGCCGAAGAGUACAAGGACAAUGUGAAGGAUAAGAAGGCAGCCGAAGCCUUCGUGAACACGUUGCUGGAUUUACUUGAUGGUGAUAACAGCACAGUUGAUGACGCCAUCAAGAAUUUGGCUAACGACAUUUCGCAAUUCAUGCUCAAGUGA